AGUUUACAUUAAUUCUUCCUAUUAAUAUUCUUCUCAAAUAUGUUUUAGAACAGAGUAAAACGAUUUCAAAGUGUGUAAUAAAAGUUGCAUUUAUCACAUUGUUUUCUUUAAGACGUCAGAUUUCUUUCUUCUCUUAGAGAGACUUGGAAUGGAAUAUAAACAAUAGAGGAUGACAAUGAAUCAAACUUUAAUAUUGAUUCUGUCUAUUUUCAUCUGCAUCAUUCUGUUAUGAAUAAGACGAAGAAAACAAAAGAUGUCAUUGUUUAAACGUUACGGAAUUCCAGGCCCGAAACCGAACUUUUUCUUAGGAAAUUUAAUGGAAUUUAAUAGAGAGAGAAACAGAUGCAUAGAAAAAUGGCUAGAACAAUAUGGAAAAAUGUUUGGGUUUUAUCUAGGAGGAAAACCAUUGUUAGUAUGCAAUGACGUUGAAUUUUUGAAACUGAUUCAAAUAAAGGACAGUUACAAUUUUUGCAAUAGAGAUGUACGUAUUCUGCUGUAA